AUGAAGUUUCAGGAAACAAUGUAUAGCCUGGGCUAUCCAGCCUAUGGCGCGAGAUUUCUCAAUGACUCUGUAUUGUUGGUAGCGGGUGGUGGCGGUGAAGGGAAUAACGGUAUAGCCAAUAAGUUGACAGCCUUACAAGUGAACUUUGACAAACGGAAAGCGAUCAAGCGAUACCGGGAAUUGACACUUAAUGAGAAGGAUGACUCGCCGACUACGUUAGAUGCUGCGAAUAAUGUUAUUUUGAUGGGGUGCAACGAGUCUUCUGCUAAGAUCAAAGCUGGCGGUGAUAACCACCAUGUGCGGAAAUAUGUGUUUGAGAAUGAUCACUUGAAGUUUGUGGCCAGUGUGGAUCUCGACCGCUCUAAAGUUCCAGAGGACUAUACAAAGCUGACCUAUCUAUCUCAGGAUGGGUCUGUAGCGGCAAUUGCAUCGUCGAAGCUGCCAACUGUGAUUCGCAUCUUAAACCCUAAUCUUCUAGCUGAAACCUAUGAAAUUGAGACUGGAAAUGACGUCAAAGAUUUGCAUUUUAGUCCUGAUGGUAAAGUUCUCAGUUAUAUCACAACGUCCACAUUGGAGGUAAUUUCGAUUGUAACCGGACGUUUUAUCGUCCGCAAAACUGAUUUCGAUAAGAACUGGGCCCUUUCUAAGAUACGAUUCAUCGGAGAUGAUACGGUUCUAGUUGCUGCUGCCUUGAGAAAAGGGAAUGGAAUUGUACUCUGUAAGGUAAGUCUGAAAUCAGGAACAACGUCAGUGCUCAAAACCAGGGUCGUUACCACUAAAUUUAGGGGUGUAACUUCCAUGGACGUUGAUUCUGAGGGUCAACUGGCAGCGCUUGCAGGAAAUGAUAAUUCUGUAGCUCUUGUGAAACUAAAAAAUUUGAGCGUUGCAAAGUUUUUUAAACAGGUUCAUUCAUUUGCCAUAACCAAGAUUGUUUUCUCACCCAAUGGUAACCUAUUGGCCAGCGUAUCAGCUGCAAAUACUAUUCACGUUAUCAAAAUCCCAAACAAUUUUGCAAAUGCAACUUCAGUGAUUGAAAAAAUCCUGAAAACAUUGUUAAAAUUUGUAGUGGUUGUCUUCAUCGCUGUGGUUGCUCAAUUUGCUUAUAAACACAACCUAUAUCAAAGAUCCUACCAUUUUGCAUUGAGUAAAUGGUAUGGCAGAGGGGAUUUCAAGAUGAAUGAUGUCUUUAGGCAAACAACAUUGGUGGGCGAUGUGGUGAGUAUUCAGUCCUAUACUAGACUUCCUCCAACUGACAGUUCAGUCAUAAGCACUUCUCUUCCAAGCAUAACACACUUGUCUUCUUAUGAGACCUACACUCCGGAACCUUCAGCUGAUCCCACGAACGUUCACGAGAUUGAAGAGAAUUUUACUGAAAUGAGUAGCACCGUCAAACCUGAUACGACAGCAACUGAAAUAGCAGAUCCAAACUCAAAUGAAUCUUAUACUGCAAUAACCUCUACUUCUGGUGGCGGUCGGGAGGCAGUUUCUCUGUCUACCACUCAGGAUUUUACGAAGUCCUCACUCCUCGACACUAUUGGCUUUUCUUUUCCCUCAUCCUCAAGCACAGACUUUCCAAGUCUGUCAGUUUCACCUUUAAGCACUAAUGAUCCAAGUCUAUCAGUUUCAAACAACGAUUUUUUGGAUGAAAGAGAUUCUGUUAUGCCGUCAAAGGCCCCUGUACACCAAGAUCUGAACGUUAGCUCCCUAAAGCAUUUGACAGUGCCCUUGGAAUAUUCAUCUAUAAUAGAGACUGAUCCUCAAUUGUAUUCAUUUUCUUCUUCUUCUGCCUCUAACCAGAACUUAUCUUUUGACAUCGGGACCGGAUCACAAUCUCAGUCAGAAGAAAUCAUUACGAUCACCACAACAACCUCCUUAGUAUCAGCCUCUGCUAGCCAAUUAUCGAACUCUGCAGCAAAUUCAAUUGGAACCUCUUCCACCAAAAGGUCUGUAGUAACUGCUGCGGAAACUAAGGCCAAGAGAUCGCAUGUGGAAGCCGGGAACCUAACCUCCAAAAGCUUUGCUACACAUGAUGACAUAAUUUCACCCGAGGGCGAUAAACAAGCACUGGAUAACUUCGAGUCAGUGCAGUUGCCAACAGCUUCCGAAAUUGUGAAACAAAUCGAGCAGACUUCGGUUUUCAAAACCAUGGAAACCAUUGAACAAGCACCAACUUCUGAAACUACAGAAAAAGUUAAACGAGUAUCAAAUGUCGUUCCAUUUGAAGCAGCCCCAGAGCCGGAACCAACGCCGAUGACUGGAAAAACUUCAGAAACCAAAUCAUCUGUUCAAACUCCAGUUGAAACAGAAGUCAUAGAUACUAUAUCGAGCUCUCAGCUAGUUAUUGGGUCUGCUUCAUCUGAGAAUACGUCUCAAGUCACUGAGAGUGGAACUGAGCAUGUUUACAUUUUUUCGUCUAAUGAACAGUCUAGCAGCUCGCCUCAAUCCGUCUCUCUUUCACCAGACGCCACGAGCUCAAUAACUCAGAGGCCUGAAAGUACUUUGCAGACUUCUUGGGAAGACACUUUGACCACACAUCCCACCUCCUCAUCGUUUGCCAUACCCGAUGAUCUAGAGAACAACUUCACACCUGAUAUGGCUGAACAUAUGAAUUAUGAGAGAGACCAAGAGGAAACAACACCCGAUGCUGUGACACUUGACGAGCCUUACGCUGCACCGAUUGAGGAAAUUAAGCCAGUCAUUGAGGCUACGGCUGACUCUUACUUUGAAGAUCGAAAUGAAAGCUCAGGAAAUCUUCUCGAAGAAAAUAAAAGAAGCCAAGAUUCUUUCGAUUUCGAAUCUUCUCCCUCAGCAAGAAAAAGCUUUACCCCACAGGCAACCCCCGCAGGUGAUGAAGUAAACGCGUUGACGCAUGACGAACUUUAA